CUUAAUUCAGCUAAGCCUAAGGGCGCAAGCGCAACCAGUAGAUGUAGAAAAAGGAAAACACACCGAGUUAAAGGCGCCUCUCUCUUUCCCUCUCUGUUUUCUCACACAAAGAACCCUUUCUCUGUCGCUCUCUCUUUCUCUAGUUUCUUUACAAAACCAGGGUUUUGUGGCUGAGACUUAUUGAAAAUGGAAAAUGGGGUUGAGAGAGUUGGUGGGCCACAAUUGGGAGAGGAAAACAAUGUGGAAAAUCAAGUUUCUGGGGAAAAGGUAGAGGAGAGGGUUGUGGUUGGGACUGAUAAGUUGAAAGAUUUUGAAGAGGAGAUUUUUGAGGAGGCAGUUGAUUCAUCAGAGGGAAUUGAUUCACAAGGGCAGUUUCAGGACAAGGGAGAAAAUUCUGAAUCUGUCCUCGGUGUUGAGACAAUGGGUGAUUCCAGUUCUCCUGUGGUGGAAGAGAAUUCAAAUAUGGAAAAUGAAGUUGAGACGUUUGAGGAGGCAGUUGAUGCUCCUGUUGAGGCUGGGGUUCCCCAGGAUUUGGUUGCAGUGGCAGGUGAAGAAAGCUCAAAGGAUUUGGUUGCAGUGGUAGGUGAAGAAAGCCCAAAGAAUUUGGUUGCAGUGGUAGGUGAAGAAAGCCCAAAGGAUUUGGUUGGUGGUGAUAGUGUUGACAAGAUUGAUGAGGGUGGGACUAGCAAGGAAGUGAUUUUCCAUGAACUGAAUGGGGAAAAGGAGGUCUCUGAGAUUGGUGGAGAUGUAGGAACUGGGGCUUUGAUGGGUGCACUGGAGGUGAAUUCAAGACAUGAAGUUGGACGGAGCAGGGAGAUUCUGUCUGAGGAUGGUAAGGUGGAUGAGCUGAAGAAGGAUGAAUUGGGUACUGAAUAUCAGAACAUGGGUGAAUCUGUUGAUGGUGUAAUCCAGCUUCAAGAGGAUAAUGAUGAUGGUUUGAAUGAUAACAUGAAGAUGGUUGAUACGGAGUGUCAUCAGGGUGAGAAAAGUGGAGAAUUGAACGGUGAUACGACUGUCCUAGCUUCUGAGAAUGGGGUUCCUAAGAGUGAACAAUGGAUGGAUAAUUCUUCAAAUUUUGACAUUGGGCUCAAUGGUGUUAGCAGUGAAGAUGUCAAAGAUAUCUCUGUUCCAUUGAAUUCUGGGCAUCAUGAGGAAAUUCAUGACCUGAAUGCUAAUCCAGCUGUCCUACAUGCAAUGGAAACAACAGCAGCACCAGAAAUUUUGAACUUACACUCAGAGAAUCUUGUGAAUGACAACAGUGAGGACAUUCACGAUUGUAUAGCUACUCCAGCAACUCUUGUAGAAGAGGAUAACAAGGUUUCUAAGUCACCAUGUGCUGAUGAAAAAGUUAAUGGUGUUGGCAAUGACAGCAUUGUGAUUGAGGAGCCAGAAAAGAAAGCAGAAAAAGAUCAUGAAGAGAAGAAGAGCACUCAAGGAAAUGACGAACAACAAAUUCCAACUCCAGAAAAGCUGGCUUUGUCAUCUGAUGAAAAAGUUAAUAGUGUUGGCAACGAUAGCAAUGUGAUUGAGGAGCCAAAAAUGAAAGGAGAAAAAGAUCAGGAAGAGAAGAAGAGCACUCAAGGAAAUGACAAACAACAAAUUCCAACUCCAGAAAAGGUUGCUUCAUCAUCUGAAACAUCCACUGGUCCUGCUUCUACACCUGUUCGUCCAGCUGGCCUUGGUCGUGCUGCUCCACUAUUGGAACCUGCACCUAGGGCUGUGCAGCAGCAGCAGCAGCAACGUGUCAAUGGAACUAUGUCUCAUGUGCAAUCCCAACAGGUUGAAGACCUUGCCAAUGGGGAGGGUGAUGAAUAUGAUGAGACUCGUGAAAAACUCCAGAUGAUUAGGGUGAAAUUUUUGCGGCUUGCCCAUAGGCUGGGGCAGACUCCCCAUAAUGUCGUUGUAGCACAGGUUCUCUACAGGUUGGGAUUAGCUGAACAGCUGCGAGGGAGAAAUGGGGGCCGUGUUGGUGCCUUCAGUUUUGAUCGUGCGAGUGCCAUGGCUGAGCAGCUUGAGGCAGCUGGGCAGGAACCCCUUGAUUUCUCUUGUACGAUUAUGGUUCUUGGGAAGACAGGAGUUGGUAAAAGUGCAACUAUCAAUUCAAUAUUUGAUGAAGUAAAGUUCGGUACUGAUGCAUUUCAAUUAGGUACCAAAAAAGUUCAGGAUGUUGUUGGCACUGUUCAAGGGAUUAAGGUACGGGUCAUAGAUACACCAGGUCUUCUCCCUUCUGGGUCUGACCAGCGCCAGAAUGAAAAGAUCCUUAACUCUGUUAAGCACUUCAUCAAGCAAACUCCUCCGGACAUUGUUUUGUAUCUAGAUAGGUUAGACAUGCAGAGCAGGGAUUUUGGUGAUAUGCCACUCCUGCGUACCAUCACUGAGAUAUUUGGUCCAUCCAUAUGGUUUAAUGCAAUUGUUGUCCUGACUCAUGCAGCGUCUGCUCCACCUGAUGGUCCAAAUGGUACUGCUUCGAGUUAUGAUAUGUUUGUCACCCAACGUUCUCAUGUUGUUCAACAAGCAAUCCGUCAGGCAGCUGGUGAUAUGCGGCUUAUGAAUCCUGUCUCAUUAGUAGAGAACCACUCAGCAUGCAGAACAAAUAGGGCUGGCCAGAGGGUGUUGCCAAAUGGCCAGGUUUGGAAACCUCAUUUGUUAUUGCUGUCUUUCGCAUCAAAGAUUCUUGCUGAAGCAAACACCCUAUUGAAGUUGCUAGACAGUCCACCAGGGAAACCUUUUGCAACUCGAUCAUCAAGGGCUCCUCCUUUACCAUUUCUUCUCUCAUCUCUUCUCCAGUCAAGACAACAAGUGAAGCUGCCUGAGGAGCAGUUAGGUGAUGAGGAUGGCCUUGAUGAUGAUUUGGAAGAGUCCUCAGAUUCUGAGGAUGAAUCUGAAUAUGAUGAUUUGCCACCAUUUAAAAGUUUGACAAAGGCCCAAGUGGCCAAGCUUACAAGAGCUCAGAAAAAGGCAUAUUUUGAUGAGUUAGAAUACAGGGAAAAGCUUUUUAUGAAGAAACAGUUGAAGGAGGAGAAAAAGCGGCAAAAGAUGAUGAAGAAAAUGGCUGCUGAAGCUAAGGAUUUGCCUAGUGAUUACAGUGAAAACGUAGAAGAAGAAAGUGGUGAUGCUGCAUCUGUGCCAGUUCCCAUGCCAGAUUUGGCCUUGCCUGCUUCUUUUGAUUCUGAUAAUCCCACACAUCGAUAUCGAUAUCUUGAUACCUCCAACCAGUGGCUUGUGAGGCCUGUUCUAGAAACACAUGGUUGGGAUCAUGAUGUUGGUUAUGAAGGUAUCAAUGCAGAAAGAUUGUUUGUAGUUAAAGACAAAAUUCCUCUUUCCGUUUCCGGCCAGGUGACAAAGGAUAAAAAGGAUGCCAAUGUUCAAAUGGAAUUGGCAAGCUGUAUAAAGCAUGGGGAUGGGAAGUCAACUUCACUAGGAUUUGAUAUGCAGACUGUGGGGAAGGAUUUGUCAUAUACCUUACGCAGUGAGACAAAGUUUUGUAAUUAUAGGAAGAAUAAAGCAACAGCUGGUCUCUCAGUCACCCUCUUAGGUGAUGUCGUGUCAGCUGGAUUGAAAGUUGAAGAUAAAUUGAUUGUCAAUAAACGUUUUCGAAUGGUCCUGUCUGGUGGGGCUAUGACUGGACGUGGCGAUGUGGCUUAUGGUGGCAGUUUAGAGGCACAGCUGAGAGACAAGGAUUAUCCUUUGGGUCGUUCGCUAUCGACACUUGGGCUUUCUGUCAUGGAUUGGCAUGGAGAUCUUGCUGUUGGUUGCAAUAUUCAAUCCCAGUUGCCUAUAGGGCGGUCUACAAAUUUAAUUGCUCGAGGAAAUUUGAAUAACAGGGGAGCAGGACAAAUCAGUAUUCGCAUAAAUAGCUCAGAACAGCUUCAAAUAGCUUUGGUUGGGCUACUUCCUCUAUUGAAGAAGCUGUUUGAUUACCCCCAACAAAUGCAGUAUGGACAAUGAUGAAAAUUUAGUUUGUAUGUACUGCAGCAGAAAUGCGAUGGUAGGAAACACUUCAUAUGUGCGUCUAAUGGUGGUCAUAGUUAAAAGUGAGUGACAAAGCUGCUUAUUUGUCUUUAUGGUUUUUCUCCAGACACUUGGUUUUUGUUAAAGCUAAAAUUGCAAGAAUAUUUUGCGUUGAUUAUAGAAACUGUAGUUUGUUAAAAGUAUUUUCAUGUAAUGGUUUUUGUGCCCAUUAAGCUGCAUGGAGAAGCGGUGCUUCUGUUUCAAA